GGAGGUGUCAGGUGGAAGGGAUUGUGCAAGGGAUCAGCUUGCUUGGUGGUUCAUGCAUUUCUUAGUGUGUUUGGUAAGAUCCUAGUAGCAGCCAAAGCUUCUCAAGGUCAGAUCGCACAAUCGAGCUCAUGCUAGCUUCUCUCUUUGAGUCCAUGCAGAUGAGUACUGAGAUGAAGGAUUAUAUAAUUGUAUGCAACUGCUGUGCAAAGGCCAAUGAAUUGCUUGUUGACAUUUAAGAAAACAAGAAAUUCCCCCUGCUGCCUCAGUCUUCUAUUCAAGAUGCCAGAGAAAUUCAGUCACUCUGAACAUGGAGUAUCUUUGAUGAAGAGCUGCCCUUUGAAAUUCAAUGACACUUACCUUAUGGGAAAAUGUUUUAGUACGAAAGCAGAACUCUCUCAUGGCAAGAACCAGAACAAGAUGAAUGUGCCAGCAGUGUAUCAGCCACUGGAUCCUCUGCAGGAAGCAAUUAAGUGCUUUCCAUUUAAAUACUGGUAUGAAAAAUAAAUGGCAGACUGAAAGUCAAAGGCUCAUAGAAGAAGCGGCUUCCUAAGGUCACUAUGCAGGUCUGUGGUGGAGCUGGCACCAGGAAUGUCUUACCACAGUGCUAUGGAAAUGAAUACUAAAGGAAGAAUGUCAGGGACUGGGGAAAGCAUCUAAUUGUCUUCUGUCCCUUCACUGGCCUUUUCCUUUCACUCCUUUCCACAGUGUAAGAAACCAUAUUUAAUACUCUGUUAUUAAGAGAACUAGGAAUGUAGAGCGCUUCAAGGCCUGAAGUAGCUGGAUGCCCCCAGUAGUGUAACUAAGGGCUGAGAGGCACACUAGGCUCAAGCACUGUCUUAGAGGAGGCACUAGAGUGAUGCCCCCACUGCCCAGAACCUUUGCAGCAUCUGCAGCAGCCCUGCCCUAUCUGGGCAUAGGAGUCCAGCUGGAAAAGCCCAGUGCCACUUAGUUGUAGGAGCUGGGUACUGGCACACAGCAGAAACAGCACUCCACUGCCAACUUGUAGGAGCCCCGCACUGUCCAGCCAUAGGAGCCAGAUGCAGAGACGAGGACAGGUCCCAAGGACAGGUAACACCCUCUUGAACCACUUCCUCUACAAAGGGACCAGAUUAACAUGACUUGCUUUGCAAUUUUGAAUGUAUUUAUUAUAACAACAAGGACCCAGCUAUGCAACUAUUAUGAGCUGGUGUGUGGUUGUGACAUCACCAAAAAGAUCCAAUCAGAAUGUUGUCUGAAGGAGCAGAGGAGACAUGGGCUUUUGAAGCUAUAAGAGACCAAGAGAAGAGUUGAAGACAUGAGGAAAGAAAGAGAGAGACAUAUUAUAAAGGAGAGAGGUGCCCAUGCCAAAUUGGAAUGAAGAAGAGAUAUAAGGGAGUGCAACAGAAAAGCCAACAAUACAACCUUUUGGACCUACUUUGAGAUAUGGCAUCCUCGAGUGAAGAGUUUAAAACUGAUGGCAGCUUUUCUUCCACAGCUGGGACAAGCAAUGAAAAUAUGUCUAUGCCAACAGAUGCAUCUUCAGACUCAAGAUGCCCUAUUUGCUUGGAGAGAAUCCAAAAUGCAUCCUACUUAAAUCCAUGUUUCCAUGGGUUUUGUUUUGUUUGUAUACAGGAGUGGUCAGAAAGGAAAGCAGAAUGUCCUCUCUGCAAGCAGCAUUUUUAUUCAUUCUUUCAUAGCAUCAAAGCUGACAAUGACUUUGAGGAAUAUGUCCUACCUGUGGAGAAUAGGUCAUCUGUCAUUUUUGAGGUAAGGUCAGCUUCUACUCAAAGGCCUGAAUCCCCACUAGAUGAUGGGAUUCUGCAUGAUGGAUUUUCAGGUCCACUAACUCGAGUGAGGGAGAGAGCAAUUGAUGAGCUGGUGAGACGUUUCGCAAUAAGGAGAACAUCUCAUCCAGGUGGAAUAUCUCUUGGGAAAGUACGGGAGCAGUUAACAAUUAAGUUCAGGAGAGCACUCUAUAGAUCUGGUGUGAGGGUGAGAAGUGUCCCGUCUGGAGGAUUCUACAGGAACAUCUCCGCAGAUUUUUUUCAUCAAAACCCAGGCAGCCUUCGAAGAUUAGUUCCCUGGCUAAAGCGUGAAUUGAGAGUACUGUGUGGUUCUCAUGUGUCUUUAGUCAAUGAUAUACAGCAUAUCAUCUUACAUAAUAUGACUUAUUAUGAUCUUGAGAGUCAAGCAUUUGCAGAUAUCUUACAGCCUCACUUGCUCUAUUACACCAAUCACUUCUUGCACGAAUUCAUCAACUUUGCCCGAUCUCCUUUCAACAGUAAGGUAUAUGACUGGCGAGCCAGUUAUGAUAUUCCUUUUCCUCUGCAUGAAGAGGUAUACCAGUCUUACUCUUCUCUUACUACAUCUUCAGAUGAGGAAGAAGGUUCUGAAGAAUUGGAGCAGGAGGAAGAGGAGGAGAGUCAUUGUCAUACUACUGCUGAUGAAUCAACAGCCAGUAAUGAUGAGGAGCCUUCAGAUGAUGAAGUCCCAGGAUCAAGUUGGUCAAGUGUGGAGCAGGCUGUUGAUGAUUCGGUUUUCACUCUUGGGUCUUCUGAAGAACUUGCCAGAAGAGACAAUUUCCAGAGGUGGUUUCGGAGGGACACACAUUCAGAUGAGGACAAUAACUGCUCUUCCUUUAAGAAUUCCAUCAUCAGUACAAUAGCUGAGAGAAUGGCAUCAUACUUUGUUGAAUCACUCCCCAGUUUUCUGGACAUGAAACAUGAGGAAGAAGUAAAGCAUCUGCAAUCUGUAAGGGAGGCUUGCUUUAGCAGCAGUCAUGUUUGUGAAUGCUCAGCUGCUUCUAGUGGCAGUCUGUCAGGUAAUGAAAGGCCUGAUAUACCAUUCCAGUACCCACAGAGUCAUCUUGAAUCAGGAGAAACCCCUAACCCACAGAACAUCCAGUCACAAGCAGAAGAAAUGGGUAACAGUAAACAAAUUCAGCCCAAAGAAGAGGAGACUUUUCCAUCUGAAAUGAGUCAGUCUAAGGCAGUGGGAACAGAUAACAAUGAGCAGCUCCUGUCCCACCAAGAGGAAAUCACUAACAAUCAGCAACUACCUCCUACAGAAUACUUGCCAAGUACUUCUAGUAAAAAAAGGGACAGUUGGUGCUUCCCAUGUAUCAGAAGAUCAUAAAUCACAGAGAGGGAAGUGAGGACAUUCAUCACAUUCUCUUGGUGAGAUGACACUCAUUAUAGACUAAUAAAUUCUUAUAUUUGAAAAAAAUGUGUGUUUAAAUAUUCUAAUGGAAAGUCUAAAGAUAAUCUGGGGAAAAAGUUCUGAUGAUUGCACUUUUCAUGACUGACCUUGUGUGUCAUAGUUCUGGCAUUUGGUUGGAUUCCUCGGACUAUUUUUUUUUUUUUUUUUAUGGGGAGAGCAGGGUAAGUAGUGAAGUCACAGAAGUGCACCUUUUUCAUGCUUAGCUGCUUACAAGUCAUCAUGUAACCAUAAUGAUUCAUUUUGUUCUUCCUUUUUGUUGUCCGUCUUCAGGGGUAUAUGUACCUUUUGCUUCCUGCAGUAUGUUUAGUAGCCUAAUAAAGGUGGUCAGGAUUGUUUUCUGUCAAUUGUAUUUUAAUGUAUACUGCAGUUUCUGCCAAAUAAAUAUUUUUCAA